AUGACCCAAAUUCUUAUUGGAAUUAAGGUCAAACCUCUAAAGAUCCGUCAGAAACAGAAAUCCAAUUUCAAAGUCGGAGUGGUAGCCUCCAUUCAAGUGCCCACCAAACCAUGGUUCGAUAUCCUUCAAAACUACAUUGUGUAUGGAGAAUAUCCGUCCCACUUCCAAGUUAAGGAACGAAGAGCCCUACGCCAGUAUUCCACAAACUAUGCUUGGAUAGCUAACAAGUUAUACAGACGAACUUUUGAUGGUCAAAACAUGCUCUGCAUUGAUGGUCCCGAGGCACGACGGAUCAUAGAAGAAGUACACGUAGGUGCGUGUGGUCCACGCAUGAAUGGACUAGUCCUUUCCAAGAAAAUACUCUAUCUCGGAUAA